AUGGAUCAACUAGUGAAUUUCCUCGCUCGUCACCCUCACAUUCACUAUUCUACCCUUUCUUCUCCAGACUUCGACAAUUUACGCCGGGGUUAUGUGAUCAAUGACACGAUACCAGCAAUGGUAGUGCGACCUCGUUCGGGUGCCGAUGUUGCCAGUCUGGUCUCUGUUCUGAAAGCAAACGAUCUACCAUUCUCCAUUCGAGUCGGUGGACAUGAUAUGUUUGGCCGGUUCCAAGUGAAAGACGCCAUCACUAUCGACCUAAGGGAGAUACAUUAUAUCCACGUCGACCGAGAUAGCCAGACGGCCCGCAUUGGUGGUGGUGUGCUCGUCAAAGAUUUACUCCAGGAGCUGGAUCAACAUGGCAUGGUUGUGCCACAUCCUGUGAUUUCAAGCGUUGGAUUUGUUGGCUGGGCAACCCAUGGUGGCUACGGUCUCCUCAGCGCUGAAUACGGCAUGGGAGCUGAUCAAAUCCUCCAGGCUAAGUUGGUUGACGCCAACGCAGUGGUUCGUGAUGCAGAUGAAGAUAUGUUGACUGCAAUCCGAGGGGGAGGCGGAACACUGGGUGUCAUCGUCGAGCUAACUAUCAAGGUCUAUCCUUUGUCUCAGAUACUUGCGGGUUUCAUUAUAUAUGACUCCACCGACCUGUCAACUACCAUCAAACGAUACAAUGAUGCUUAUCGUCGGCAAACAGAGGAAGGAUUUCCAAAAGAACUCAAUACGUUCCAAUCUGUUAUCAAUAGCUCGGGUAGUAAGGUACUGGCAGUUCUGUUCGUUUGGGCGUCAUCCAACCUGAAAGAGGGGCAAAAAUGGAUAUCCAAACUGCUCGCAUGGUCACCUGUAGCUACAAGCACUGUUUUACCCACCACGAUGUCUGCAUUUAACGAAAGCACAAAGACGAUUGUUCCCACGAUGGUUUAUGGAAGAUCUCUGACUAUCAGCCUCCGGGAUCUCACUUCUGAAGUGGUGGAUGUCAUGAGCAAGCACGCGAUAUUGCAGCCUAAUAGUCCGGCCACCAUGUUUGGGAUGCAUGAGCUGCGCGCUUGCGCCCCACAGCCUUCAUUGAGUACGGUGAUAGACACUCGCUGUCAUCAUUUCGUGUUGGAGUUAUUGCCCACUGUCCAGGACGUCGCAUUGCUGAAUGCCGCACUUGUCUGGGCUCACGGAUUUUACGACGCGUUGCUGAGAACAGAUUCUGCUAACAUCCUGACGUCCACAUACCUUCCACUCACUGAACCAAGCAAAGUCAACAUGAAAGGAAUAUACGGAGAGAAGUUUGAAACUCUGAAGCGCAUCAAGCGUCAAUAUGACCCCGAUAAUGUCUUCAAGCUUGCUUUGGUGCAAGUGCGAUGA